AGAAACCACCAGUAAGACAUCCAUCGCACUCUGAGUGAAAUAUGGCUGUCUAUGAAAAUGCAUCAGAGAUCACUGUGGAGAUGAUGAACCUCUCUGAUGCUUCAGCCAGGACUGUUGCCUCCAAGAGUCACACUGAUGAAGAUGGUACCACAGUGCCCGGAGGAAAACUGCUCAGAUGUGUUGCCGUGAGCUUUUGUCUCCUGUGUUUCCUACAAGUUGCUCUAAACAUUUCCCUCCGUCUUGCUCUCUCCCCUCCACCAGGGAUUGAUGCCAGUUUUAAAAAUCUGACUGAGGAGAGAGACGAGUUGAGGAGCAUCAACCUUCGUACUGAGGAGAGUUGUAAAACCCUGACUGAAGAGAGAGAUGAGUUGAAGAGGAAGUUGAGUUACUUUGCUUCACAGCAGAACUCCUUGACUACAGAGAGAGACGGCCUGAAGAGGAAACUGAAUGACUUUGCUCACUAUUCAAACCAAGGAUGGGUGUAUUUCAGUGGUAGUUUCUACUAUAUUUCUUCAAUCAAGGAAACCUGGCAAGACAGCAGAGAUGACUGUGUGCGAAGAGGUGCAGACCUGAUGAUUAUUAACAGCGAGGAGGAACAGGAAUUCACAAGAAAAUACCGACAGAUAAUGUGGAUUGGACUGACUGACAGAGAGACAGAGGGGGUAUGGAAAUGGGUGGAUGGCACUUCACUGACAACAAGCUUCUGGCACUCCGGGGAACCAAACAGUUAUGAAGGCACAAACGAAGACUAUGUGGCAGUAAACUAUCAUGAUUAUAAAAACAGCUGGAAUGAUUUAGAAUGUAUAAUUAAAAACUUCUGGAUCUGUGAAAAGAAUAUGACUCUGUAAAUCUGGACACAAACGAACCGAUGUUGUUACAUCAUGAAACAGAUUUAUUUUCAACUGUGAUUUGUAAUUAAUUAAAGGCACAAACAUGUUUUGAUUUGGGCCAGCUGUAGAAAAUGUUCACAUUAUUUGACUAAAAAAAUAUCAGUCAAGGAGGCUGAUUAGACAUUAUUGAUUACAUUACAUUAUAAUGCUUGAAGAUAAUUUGGAAUGAUGGUUUUUGAAUUAUUGCAUGUGAUUAUUAUCAAAUUCUAGGCUAGCAAGAGUAGUGCAACAACAGCAAAUAAAUAAGUCCAGGGGCAUGCUC